AUGGAAGUUGACUCAGAAGAGCUUGCAUUCAGCCUAAUUUUGGAUUUUUAUUUUCAGGUGGACUUUGGUACUGUCUUCCGUUUAUCUUCAUCGACAGAACCAUUGAAAGUCGUCACGCUUGAAGUCAGUGGUCCAGAUCUAUUACGAGUGUCUGUAAACACGAGGCAGUCGAAUAGAUCAGUGCUGAUCGCUGCGGUUUUAGCCGAUGGAAUUACUCAUCAGCUAGGAUUGGGAUUUCAAGAAGAUGAAAUCAUAGCGUAUUUGGACUGUAGAUGGGUUACAACUGAGACGCUUAUGCAAAAUUCGUUUGCCUCAUCUCCAGAAUAUUAUGACAUGGACGUCUUCGAGGAAUCGUUAACGGCGGACUUGGUGCAAAUGAUCGUCGUGCCGGACCCAACAGCCGUUUCAGACCAGUGCACCGUGUUUCGGAUAGCCGUGCUGGACACGGAGAUUGUCAAAACCAAAAUAAGGGAUAAAUCUCAACGUGGCACCAAUGGAAUUAUUAACGGUGAACAUGAAACCAAAAGAACUAUUUCCAAACACUCGGGUAAGUGAAAUUUAUUAACUACAGCUAUUAUUAUCUUUUCCAAUUACUGCAGCGAACUUCAAACGGAAAAUACAUUAACUAUUUAUUAAUUUAAUCAUUGGUACAUGUGACAUGUCUGAUGUUAAUGGGUUGAUGGGUUGAUUUGAAUUAUAUUUUAUCAUAAACAAUAUUAUACAUAUUUAAUAAUAUACUUACUCGGAACAGUAAUAAAAUACUAAAACAUAGUUCCAAAAAAUUAUUUCAGUUGCUCAUUUAUGUGUAACAGAGUAUUUGUCUUGAUAUUAAUAUAUAUAUGACUUUUUUCGUAUUAUGCCUACAGCAAAAAAAAAAAUAAUAAUAAACGAAUUUAAUAAAUUAGGUGCCUAUCUUAAUUAUUAGCAAUAACCUUUAUAAAUAGCAAUAAUUAUCUUGAAACAAUUAAAAUAUCUUCCGUGUACAAAUAUAU